AUGUAAAGUAAAUUAAAUUUGUGUGCAGUGUGUUCUUUAAAAACUACAUUAGGAUGUUCAUAAUGUAAAUCAGUAUUUUAUUGUUCUGUUGAACAUUAACGUUAACAUUGGAGUACACAUUAAUAAUCCUGUCAAUCAAUGAAAAAUUAAGAUAAUAAAUAGAUGGAUGAUACAUUGAGUAAGAGUCCUGCAUCUAAGCCAUAGAGAUUUGAAAUUUAAUAAGCAUUUUAACCUAAAUCAGAUAAGAAAUUGAUUAUGAAUGAAAGAGAUAUAUUGAUAGAGGAACAUGAUCGUUAUAGAUAGAUUUCUAUAAGAUUAUUAUCAUAAAGAGAUUAUUAGGAUGCAAUUUAAUAAAUAAGAAAAACCAUAGAAUUUGCAUAAAAAUUAGAGUUAAUUGGUGGUAAAGAAGAUACCUAUGAAAAAAUAGCUGAUUAAAUGUUAUUAGUAAGAGGUAAAUAUGAAUAAUCAAAUAUGUUAAGCAUAAAUUAAAUUGCUUGAAUUAGAAACAGCUAGGAAAACAUUGAUUAGUUUUUUUGAUUAGGUGAAAUAAUUGACUUAAACAUAAUAAAAGAAUGAUUAGAUAAAGGUUUCAAAUAUUCUUAAAGUUAUGGCUUAAUUAUUCUAUGAGACUGGGGAUUAAAGAUAAUGUGAGUAAGCAUAUGUUGAGUAUACAUUAAUGAUAGAGAAAUGUUAUGGAGAAGAAGUAAAUAUAAUAUGUAAUUGAUGUAGAGUAAUUAAACAGGUAAUGCUUAUUUUUUAGUUGGGACAUUCUAUUUAUAACACAAACAUUAUACAUAAGCUUUAGCUUGUUUUAAGAGAGCUUUGAAUAUUAGAUCUAAUUUCAAUCCUAAUAUGGAAAAUGUGAGUGAUUGUUGGUAUAAUAUGGGUGUAAUCUAUAAACAAUAGAAUAAGAGGGAUUAAGCUAUAGAUUUUUUAGAGAAGGCUUUAAAAUUAAGAAGAUAGAUUAUUGGUUAGAAUUCUUUACAAGCUGCUGUUUGUUUAGAAACUUUAGGCAAAUUACAUAUUUAAUAUAAUGAACAUUAAAAUGCUUAUAGUAGAUUGUAGGAAUGUUUUAAUAUAAGAAAGCAAUUGCUCAAAAAUCCAUAACAUUAGGAAAUUGAAAGAGUUUCUAAACUUAUUUAGAUUUUGUAUCAAAAACUUUAAGAAUAGAUUUACAAUAAAUAAUAAAAUACAAAUUUAUAAGCUAUUAUUUUAGAAAAUAAUAUUAAUAGAGUUUUAGAGGUGGAAGAAUCAGAGAAAUAAGAAAGAAGUUAUUCUUCUCCUUCAAGAAAGAGAUCUUAAUUGAGAAGUGAUUAAAAGUUAUCACAAUUAUUAAAUAUUUCAACUAAUCUUUUAGAAUCUUUUAGUAUUGAUCAAUUGAUCUAAUUAAAAUUAUUACAAUAAGAAUUAGUCAAAUAUAAGAAUAAAUAGGAACAAUAAUAAAUUAUUAUAGAUAGUUAAUUAAUGAAUACUUUAUCAUCUAUUUAAUAUAAUUUAUUGAGAGAAUAAAAUCCAUAAAUAUUUUAACAAUUACAGAUUACAAAACCUGAAGAAUUUUAAAGUGAAUAUGAAAGUGAGAGCAAACCAUCCAUUGAUCAGAAAAUGUUUUCAUCUAAUCAAGGUAAAAUAUAAUUGUGAUAUAAUUAUAUAUUUAAUAGAGCAUUAACAAAAGAAUAUCCAACUUUUAGGAAGCUUUCGGAAAUUAUUAAACUGAAGUCUAUCAUAAUUAAACUGUAUUUUUAUAUUAAGUAAAUCUUAGGAUGUAAAGGAAAGAAGUGAUUCAAAAAAAAAGACUUUUACUUUUUAUCUAAAUAAAUAAUGAUAAUUGUUAGUUAUAAAUUAUUUAUAUUACAAUGAGUUUAUAACCUAGAUUAAGCCCAAAAAAUUACAAAAAGUACAGCAUUUUCAAUGAUACAAUCAAUAUAAGAACAUCUCGUAAUUCAAGCUUUGAUUAUGAAUUUUAAAAGAGAAGAAAUUCCAAUCUAAAGUUCAAAAAUUCAGGUAGUGUAUUAAGAGGUUCUAAGGUAAAUGAUUUUAUGGGCAAUCUUGUAACAAAUUUCUAAUAUGUAUUUUUAUGUAUUGCAAAUAUAGGGAUAAAAUGCAUUCAGAGAAAAGAAUUUAAUUGAAGCAAUUAAAUACUACAAUGAAUGUAUUUUAUUAGAUUCUUUACAUAUACCAAGUCGUUAUAUGUUGGGUGUUUGUCAUUUCUCUUUAAAUUAAUAUGAUAAAUGUAUUAAAGAACUUAAAUUUGUUAAAGAACAAUAACCAAAUUAUAAUAAAAAUGUAUAUAUCAUACUUGCACUUGGUUAUAAAAAGUUAAUGUAACUUGAUUGGACGAUUAGAACAGUAUUAAUUUUUGUAUUCAUAAUAGUUAGAUGAAUGUUUAUAGUUUUAUCCUUAAUGUUAUGAUGCAUUGAUCUUUAAAGGUAAGUUGGAACUAAAAUUAAGAAGAUUUUAAGAUUGUGAAUCCACCUUUAAAUCUGCUAUUAGGAUAAAUUCAAAAAGAUCAACUGGAUAUCAUUAUCUGGGAGAUUGCUAACGAUUACAAAAUAAUUUGGAUUUUGCAAUUAAGAAUUAUUAAAUAUCAUUGCAAUUUGAUACAAGUGAGAAAUCUAAAUUGAGCAUUCUUAAGAUGUCUGUAUGUUUAUAUGAAAUGGGCAAUUAUCAGUAAGCUUUAUCAAUGAUUGACUAGGUAUUCUAUUCUUUUAAUUAGUAUUUAAGUCAAGAUGAAUAAUCAUCAGAAGCUAACAAAUUGAAAGGAUAAAUAUUAUAUAAGCUUGGUGAAAAAUAAGAAAGCUAAUUAUAUUAUGAAUAAGCCAUUCAAAACAACAAUUCUAAAAGUGCUGUUUCUAAAGCAAUGAUUGAAAUAAGCAAAUUCAAAAUAGAAUCUAAAGACUUUUACUCAUUGUAUCAUACACUUUUGAGAACUGAAUAUUUAGAUGUAGAUAAGUAGUAAUUGUAACCCUAUAUCUAAUUCUCUGAAGCUGUUGUUUGUUUAAUGAAAAAGAACCAUUCCCAAGCAGAUGAUGCAUUUAAGUAAUUAUAAUAACUUGAUAUUCCUCCUGUAAUCUUAGAGAUCUAUUAUUCUUAUGUUGGAUAUUUGAAUAUGAUGCUAAAUAAUUUUGAAUAGGCAUUGGUAGAUUUUAGAAAGAAUAAUUCAUUACCAUAUAAUUAAAUCAUAUGUGAAGGCAUAAUUAAUUUUAAUUCAUUUGAAAUUGCCUAUUCUAAAUUUGAUUAAGCUAUAAGUUACAAUUAGAUCGAUCCAAAUAUGUACAAAGCAAUCUUAUUAAUUAAGGAGGGUUUUAAGUAAGAGAAUUCUGAUUAUAUUAAUAAUUCAUUAUAAUGUUUAAUUCGAGCCUAAUAAUAUAAUCAGAAUAAUUCUUAAUUAAUGUAUCUAAAAUCAUUAACUUAUAUGUUAAUGGAUAAUAUUGAAGAUGCCUAUAAAGAAAUAAUAACAGCUAUUGAAAAGGCUGAUGAAAAUUUAGCUGAUCAUUAUUAUUUGAAAGGAUUAAUUUUAGCAUUAAAUGGAGAUAUCAUUAAUGCUGUUUAAGACUUUUCUGUUUGUCUUGGCAUUGAUGAAUCAUAUUAGAAAGCCUAUUUAUAAAGAUCUAAAUGUUAUUCUUAUUUGGGUGAAAUACAAUCAGCUUUUGAUGAUAUGAAUAGUUAUAUCUAAUAUGUAGAUGAUUUUUUAAGUGCAGGUAAUCUCCUUUAUAAUAAUAAGAUGUAUGAAGAUGCUUAUAAAACUUAUAAACAAGAACCUAAUUUAACACUUGAGCAUACAUAACAAAUGGCUAUUUGUUUAUUUUAACUAGAGUAAUUUGAUGGUCAAGAAUUUAAAGAUUUAAUUAAAGAUAAAUUAUUUGAUUAAAAUAUGAUUGUUGCUUUUGAACAAAUCCUUAAAUAUGAAUAUGAUUUAGCCAUCUUAACAUUACAAAAAAAAAUUGAUCCUUAAUCCUCCUUUUUCUUUAAUAAACAGCAUCUCCAUUAAUACAAGGGUAUUUGUUACUUGUAUCUACAGAAAUAUUAAGAAGCUAUAUAGGAAUUUGAAAGAUGCUUAUAGUAGACUAAAUCUGAUACUCUAAUUUAUAUUACAAACUAUAAUAUUAUGUUUUGUUGGAUGAUGCUGAAGAAGUAUAAAUAUUCUCACACCCAACUUGAAUAAUUAAUUAAAAUUUCAGAAUAGAAACCUGUAUUAUUAACAAUAAGAAAUCUUUUAAUUGAUUAAACUGAAUUUAUUUUGUCUGAUAAUGCAUAAGGAAUAGAAAUUAUGUUAGCAGAUACAAUUAAGUUAUAACCAUUUGUGUCAACACAAUAUACAAUUUAUCCAUAUUUUUCAUUGCCUAUUCCAUAACCAAAAGAUAUAACACCAAGAUUUGAUUUCAUAAUCAUUUAAUCAUUAAAUGUAAUCUAAUAGGCUAUACUUUUAGGCAUAAUCAAUUGAGUGUAGACCUGAAGCUCCAUGGAUUAGAAGGAAUGAAACUGGUGUUCUAUUUACAGAUAAUUUGUAAUAAUGUGAAUUAAGCUAAACAGAAAAUAGUUCUCCAGAAAACUGA